AUGGUGAACCAGAGCUUCAACAUUCCCGAAGAGCUGCGCAUGCUAGACCUGGGCUUCACCAUAUUCUACGUAGUGGAAUUGCUUUUGAAGUUUUAUGUCCACCGGCUCUUUUUUUUCUGGCGGGACGACUGGAAAUGGAACGUGUUCGAUCUCAUCCUGGUUUCCAUGGCAGUGCAGGAGCAGGUGGUGGAAUUCCUGAUUCACAACGAGGUUGAGAGCUAUCCGGGUGAUCCGAGAACUUCGGAUGAUGGUGUCCUCAUUUCAUUGGUGAUUUGCGUCUUCGCCCUCUUCUUCCUUCAGAUUUGCACUGACUAUUUGAUUGUGGAGCGUGACUCCAUUCCUGACAACGUUUACACGGAGUUUCUGGAGUUCUUCGGGUCCCUGGACAGGUCGAUUCAAGACAACAUUGAGCAUCAGCAUUUAUGCGUUAGUGACAGGGAUGGCCCAGAUUCAGAUACAAAAGAGGACGUCUUGAACUUAGCUAGGCUAGAGGCCUUCUUCCACUUUGCGUUGUUCAAUGUGCUCACCGGCAUGUUUGUGGAUCACGCUAUGAAGUGGAUGGAGGUUGGUGCAAUGCAGUGUGAGUUAGCGCCAAGCGAGUGCCAAGCAACAGCAACGAGAGCGUGUAAUGCUGGGCCCGGCUUGAGCGCGCUUCAACAAGCGGAGGUUUCUGAUGAGUCGGCCCUGAUCUACCUUGCUUCCCUUGGGCUCGAGAUCCAUGACGCAAAGACUUUUUUUGACAUGCUCGCCGGCGUUGCAGCUGACAAGUACAUCGACAUUGAGACCUUUGUCAAAGGCUGUAUGCGGAUGAAGGGCCCAGCAACGAGCAUUGACAUGCUGUCCAUGGCCUACGAGGUCACCCUCAUGCAUCGGCAAAGCAAUCGAAUCGAGCGAAACCUCGCUGAAGUCCAGGCGUUUCAGAAGAAGGCCUUGCCAAUGAUUGUCGUGCAUAGAGUAAAGGGACUUGGUAGCCAAUCCUGUGGUAUGUUUUCUUCAGGCUUCGGAGCACCUCUGACAGUACACUUGGGCAAACAGACGUGA